AUUCCAAGGACUAAACUUGGAAAUAAAUUUAUAAACCCACACUGUGCCUACUUUGUCAUUAAAGUGAACCAAAUUUUAGUAGUGAGUAUUGUUUUAGCGUAGGCGUUCGUAAAACUCAUGUAACAAAAUUUUAGUUUUCCUCUUUCUUACCACAACAAUUUAAAGAUGCAGAAAAAAGGUUGGUUUAAUUUUGCACGCAAAUCUCAGUUUUUCUUUCCGACCGACAGGUUUAAAAGACAAAUUUUCUUCCCCAGGAUUACCGGCAAGACAACGACCCGGGCCCAGGACGAGUAUCUGGCAAAUGACCAUAUCAGAACGGCAGAACGCCGCCACUUUCCUAGAGUUCACCACUAUCAAGCCGUUCUUUUACCAGCAGGCUAAUUUCAAAUGCUUCUACUGUAACGAAGUCUUCCCAGAGAUCCACUCAGUAUUACAACACACAGCAUUCCACGUCACACCAGAAAGGUGCUGCUUACUCAAACAGUAUUUACGGAAAGGGAAACGGGUUAUAAAAGUUGAUAUAUCGGGUCUAAAAUGCAAGCUUUGUGAACAGAAGUACUCGGACUUAGACGAUAUCAGAAAACAUUUAAUCGCGGCUCAUAAAAAGGAAUUCAAUACAGCAGGAAACGGCCUCAUGGCAUAUGAUCUAAGUACUAACAACGGUCUCCUAUCCUGUCACAAGUGCUCUAAAACCUUCAACUCUUUCUUCCUUCUCAACAGGCACAUGAACGUUCAUUUCAGCGUCGUUUGCGAAACUUGCGGCCUCGGCUUCAUGUCUCACCAACGCCUCAUAAACCAUAGGAUAGUCCAUCAAAACGGUGUGCACAAGUGCGACAAAUGCCAAGAAGUAUUCACCACUAAGUUAAAACUACGUUACCACUUAUUUAAAAAACAUGAGGUUACCAAUGCAAAGAAGAUAAAGCCUUUAAAAUGUCCUCAUUGCUUGGAAAGGUUUGCUGAGCAUUAUCGUAAAAUGACGCAUCUGAAAGAUGCGCACGGAAUCACCUUUUCCUUUGAAUGCCAAAUGUGUAAAGCAGUUUUUCCCACAAGAAGAGCUUUGACAGAACAUACAACUAAGUUACACACGCAAAAAAUCCAGUGCAAGGUCUGUGGAAAAUGCUUUGGAACAAAGUCAUUGCUGAAGAUGCAUAUGAGGGGUCAUACGGGUGAAAGGAAUUUCUUCUGCUCGAUAUGUCAGAAAGCUUACAUGCACGAGAGAACUCUGAGACAGCACAUGAGGGUCCACGGCCCUGUGUGGAAGUUUACGUGCUCCGAAUGCGGCAGCGGCUUCCACAAUAGGAACGAUUACAAUAAACAUAUGAAGCAGUGGCAUCCUCAGUGGCAGUUUAAGACUAUUGUCAAAAAUUUUGGAACUGAACUUAUGAAUUGAAGGGAAUUAAGACGAAAAUCAAGAAUUAAGGUCAUCAAUUCGUUCAACACGUUUAAUAAAGUGUUUAAACCACUAAGACCUGAUUAGAUGCUUUGAAAUAAAUCACGCUUAAGAUUGUGAUUAUUUGUGAACCAAUCACAGACUUUUUUAUAUUUAUGUUAGUUUUGAUAUUUAGUGCCAUAUAUUUAACUAUACGACCGAUCGUAAAAGAUUUGAUUUAUAGAGUUAGGUAAACAUUAGCUUUUGUUUUAAGAUAAGUAUUAUUAUAAACCUAAAUUCGGAUUUUAACUAAUUUAUUUCUAAUAAUAAUUAAAUGACUCAAUUACAUUACAUACAUUGUAAGGACUGUUAAGUAACGAACAAGCUUUAAUUAUUAUCUUUAGUGACCUAGAAAAUGUUUUUUACAGAAAACCAAUAACCAAAUCUUAUGUUCAUUUUGAAAUAUAGUUGUAGUGCAAAUAAAUUUGAUUUUUCAUAAUAAUAUACUUAAUUUCUAUCGUCCCUGUAUACCUGAAGAUGAAUAAACAAACAAUUCAUAAAAAAUAUAUUUAUUAAAUUGCUAAAAGGCAGGAAACGGUUCAACUACAACCUACGUAACAGAAGUAUCCGCACUGGAUUUUGUUUGUGCAUUGCAUGUUGUGAUGAUUUUGAGCACUAAGACGAUUGGAGGAAACAUUCAAAAUAACCUUUGUU